GAUUGUCAUCCCUAAGAUUUUGAACGGCUGACCACAAAUGCCCUCCUCAACUGCACAGCUUCAUAGCGAGCGAGGGAGAAAGAAAGCAUAUUGUGGAUAAUAGAACUCAUCGUUUUUGUUUUGUUUUGAGGAAGAGUCCAUAAGUGGUUCAAGAUUGCACCCAAGUCAAGGGAUAAAAGCAGCGAAAAAUAACCAUCCCCGCUUGAGGGAACAAGUACUCCGAAGUUUGGACAGGUCGAGGUGCACGUCCCACCGUGGAAGCGGCGGGGUCCCUCACAAACGUCAACACCACAUCUGUUCGGAGCGGGACGAAUGCUAGCCGUAACGGAUCACUCAGAAGAAGACCACGCGAAUGCGUAUGCGUGUGUGUGUGUGUGUGUGUCGGUGUGUCUGUGGAUGAGCGUUGUUUGAGCGUGAUGGGAAAAUAAAACCAACUGUUGAGGGAAGAAAAAAGAUCAGAAAGAAAAAAAGAAAACAAAAUGCAAUUUGUCGUUCGCUAGAUGUGACAGGAAUUACCGAUGACCAAAAGCAGGGGAGUGCGCUUCGCGAAUAAUAUCACGGAAUAAAGAAGUGACAGAAAAUGCCGUUUUUCGAGGUGCCAAUCGGACAAGAAGAGUAACAGUGAAAAGUGAAAGACCGCGACGCGCUUUCACUAGCCUGUAGUGUGUGAGUUUACUUCUUUUUUCCUUGAGGUUCAGUGUAUUACUUCACUACUGUUCACCCGCGGGUUUGUGUAUGCGGUGGUUUUGUGAUCAUAAUACCUUGGGGCUGUUAAAUGUCAAAACAGACCAAGAAGAAGAAGAGUGAAGGGCGGAACUACGCCGAAAUAUUCAAAUCUACCCAGUGACGACGACUCGAUCGCGGCUCAUUGCAACACCUAUCUCCGCCGCCGUGGCACAAGUGAAGUGACGUAACGAUUAAAAGUGAAAUAAUACCGAAUAAGCCAGGAAGAAGAAUCCCAAAAUCGGUGCGGUGCAUAGAGACCCCGCGCAGUGAAGAGGUUUGUUGGCAAUUGUGGCGAUCGAAAACGUGUAACAUUUUGUGAAUGUAAGUGAGACAGGAGGUAUCGGCUCAAAUGGGGUUCUCUUCGGCGCUGCAGGGAAGGGCGGCGCACGAAGCGCUGCUCAACCGCCAGGAAGCGGAGCUGAAGCUGCUGGAAACGAUGAAACGUUGCCUGAUUCAGAAGAGCAAAUGCGACAAGGAGUACGCGGCUUCGCUGACCUCCGUGACCCAACAGGGGCUCAAAAUCGAUCGCACCGAUGAUUUACACGGAAGCCACGUGACGCGGGCCUGGCGGGCGUUCAUGGAGGAGCUGGAGCACACCGCCAAGCAGAUCAAAACCAACGCCGAACAGCUGGAGGCCGUCUGCCUGGACAAGCUCGCCCACUUAUAUCAGGACAAACGUCGCGUGCGGAAGCAGUAUCAGGAGGAGCACACCAAGAUUGCGACGAAAUUCAGCCAUAUAACAGAGGAUGUCGCAAGAAAAAAAAGUGAAUAUCAGAAGCAUUUGGAAUACUACAAACUGUUGAGGGGGCGAUUCGAGGAAAUUAUCAAAUCGGGCAGAUCGGGUCGUAAGUUGGACGACGUCAUCGAUAAAUACCAGAAAGCCUGCCGGAAGCUGCACCUGGCCCACAACGAGUACGUCCUGCUGCUAAGUGAGGCGGCCGAAAUCGAGAAGGAUAUCCGGACGAUACUGCUGCCAGGCCUGCUGGAACACCAGCAAUCACAGCAGGAGGGAUUCAUUCUAACUUGGCGUAAUCUGCUGCAGGAAAUUUCCAAACUCGGCGACACCACGUCGGACAAGUUCGGCGAAAUCCAGCAGCGGAUAGAAUCCAACGUCACCAGUAUCAGUCCGGCCGAGGAAUACCGAGAGUUCACGGAGAAGCACAAGACGACACCCACCGCACCGGUGCUGUUCCAGUUCGACGAGGCACUGGUCGAGGACAGUCUGGGGAAGUUGCAGGCCAACACCCUGACUGUGGACAACCUGACGGUGGAUUGGCUCAAGGCGCGACAGACCGAACUCGAGGGCUCGAUCAAAGAGCUGCAGGAAGUGCAGGGCAAGCUGUGCCAGGAAAACGGAGGCGUGAACGGGUCGACGGUUACGAACGGAAACGGCGGCAGCGGGGGAACCAAACCGUCCACUCCAAUCCUGAAUGGGUCCAAUGGAGCUACUGUUAAGGAUAGUAAUAAUAAGAAUUCCAAGGAACUGAUUGCGUUACGCUGCCAGGAGCGCCAAAUGCAGAAGCAAGUAGAGAUGAUUCGAGCUGCGCUGAACGAUGUCGGUUGCGAGGAGCUGCCCUCCGGCUGUGACGACAUUUCUUCGAUGGAGCAUCUGAUUGAGAACAAGAAAUCAGUCAGCCAGGAUCUAUCGGAGGAUUCCCACAACACAUCCACCACCCCAUUUUUUUCCUCCAAGAGCACAGCUGGCGGCGUGAUGUCGCUAAUCAGGGACCAAUUCCGGCUGAAAUCAAGCUCCAUCGUGGGCGGCUCACUUCUCCCGAUCAAAGACACGCCAACGACGCCCGCAUCGACUCCCCGAGCCGGUCAUCGGCUGACGACGACCCUGCAGAAGAACGGUACCACCUGCACCGCUCAGAACGGUCCCAGCCAGGGUUCAUCAACGGUAAAUGAGUUUUGUGAGCCACUGAGUGAGGAAAAUGUGUUGCGCGUUGAGAGUGCUGUGUCCAAACUAGUUACGACUGGGAAUGGUGGUGUUGUUGUUGAAGAUGAUGUUGUUGAUACUACUAACCAAGAGCAGCAAAACCGUGUGUCUACUAAUACCUAUGUCGAUAUGGAGGCUAACCUGCUGCAGACUGCUGAGUUCGAAUGUGCUUCUACUAAUGGCGGGGGGUUUGGGUUUGACGAUAGCUUUACUAAUCACAAACCGAUGGAUAGUGAGGACACCAGCGGAAGCUACCGACGGCUGAAGGGAAGCGAGACGAGUGAACUGAUGCUACUGAACUCGUUCAACUCCCCAGAGGACCAGUCCACAUCGGAUGAGCUGUACGUGAACGAUAUAAACGAUUCGAAGAACAAUUUGCUGCAGGACGAUACGUACGAAGAGCCCCGGGUGACGCUGAAAUCGUCCAUCGAUGCUCAUUUAGACAGUAUCGACGAGUUGAACUCGAAGCUCGAUCACAAGCUGUUCAUGAAGACGGCGGUGGUGGAACAGAACGACUAUACGAAUGUGCUCUCGAGUCCGGACGAAUCGCAAUCGUUCAUCACGCCCCCCAAAGUUCAGAAGGGUUCCGAGAAAGCCAGCUUCCGGGACAAGCUGAGGAGAAAAAUUAAAAUCAAAAGCUCCAGCUCGGAAACGGAUAGGGACGUCAAACUGGAUGAACUGGAGGAACCGACUAAUAGCUUUGCCGAAAGAUUUCGCAACAAAGUAUCCCACCUCAAGAAAAACGAUAACGAUCAGUUCAAACUGAUGAAAAACGAGUCCAGCUUCUCGGAGGCGUCGAAGGAAACGGAGGAGCGGAAGAAAAAGAAGAAAAAAAAGCGAAGCAAAAAUCGUAGCCAGACUUUUUCCGAGGACGAACUGCUGGCUGAUGACGGAGAUGAGAACAAACUGAACGAUACCACCACGUGUGGUAGUACCGUUCAAGAAGAGGAUGGGCCUAAAGGGAGCUCAUUUUCGAACACGGUCAUGUCCACUUUCCGCGAGAUAAUGCACUCCACCAAUAAAGUGAAAGAUUCGUCCCUAAACAUGGCACUCCGCCAGCCACUGGCGGGUCAGGAAGAGAAGGCGGAUUUAAUUAGCGACAAAGAUACCAAUCAGCUAACGACAAUAAAAUUCAUUUUCUUCGAUAACCGCCAGGGAUCUGAACCGGAUGUGGGCUCGCCAGCCAAGCAGCAAUCCGACCUGCAGCAGCAUCACAACUCCAACACCUAUUCGGCAAUUAGUGAGCCAAACGAAUCCCAUUAUUGCCUCCCCACGAAUGAUGCUGCGACAGACUGCGAAAGCUUCGCUCAGACGGAGCUCGGCACAGAUUGCAGCAAUAAAGGCGCCUCCGAACAGAAUGCGACCUCAAAGCUUUCCUCACUGCUUAAAUAUAACCUUAAAACUCGCUUCACUAAGCUCCAUCAGAAAAUUCCUAAGCUGCUGGUAUCUUCCGGCACCACCACGAUGGUGUCAAAGGUGGAAGAUGUUCGUCUGUGCCGGGCCUGCACCCGUGGCUUCCAGCGGCUCCAUCCCAGCAAAACUGUCCUAGAUUUCACGAAAGAGUUUCCCAACGGAGGCCGUUUCUGUCGCAAUCACGGCGGUGAUUAUGAUCCGGAGGAUGAGUGGCGGAGUGAACCAGACGGUGAGAUGCUAAAUCUUGAUUACGAGGAUAUUGACGUUAUUACCAUUAAGAUCCAUAAGCAAACUGCAAGCACUGGUGAGGAUGACGAUGGUGAUGAUGACAAUGGCGAUGGUAUGACGCUCUCCACCAAUCGACCCCUGUACGAGGAGGAGUGGUUCCACGGGGUACUGCCCCGUGAGGAAGUGGUACGGCUGCUGCGCAACGAGGGCGACUUCCUGGUUCGCGAGACGACCAGAAACGACGAAAGCCAAACCGUGCUCAGUGUCUGCUGGAACGGACACAAGCACUUCAUCGUGCAGACGACCGCCGAGGGUCACUAUCGCUUCGAAGGUCCAGCAUUUCCCAGCAUUCAGGAGCUGAUCAUACACCAGUACCAGUCGGAGCUGCCCGUCACCGGUCGUUCCGGGGCUGUUCUACGCAAACCAGUAUUAAGGGAACGGUGGGAACUAAGCAACGACGAUGUGAUACUGCUGGAUAAGAUCGGCAGGGGAAACUUCGGUGACGUGUACAAGGCCAAGCUCAAAUCCUCCAAGAACACACUGGUGGCCGUCAAAACCUGCCGGAUGACACUGCCCGAGGAGCAGAAGCGAAAGUUUCUCCAGGAGGGCCGGAUCCUCAAACAGUACGACCAUCCGAACAUCGUGAAACUUAUCGGCAUUUGCGUCCAGAAGCAGCCGAUAAUGAUCGUGAUGGAACUCGUGUCCGGUGGGUCGCUGUUGAUGUUCCUGCGCAAGAACUCGGCGACGCUCGGUCAGAAGCAGCUGAUGGCGAUGUGUCGGGAUGCGGCGGCAGGAAUGCGCUAUUUGGAAUCCAAAAACUGCAUCCACCGGGAUUUGGCCGCCAGGAAUUGUCUCAUCGGCAAUGAAAACAUUGUGAAGAUCUCCGAUUUCGGAAUGUCCCGAGAGGAAGAGGAGUAUAUUGUGUCCGGUGGCAUGAAGCAGAUUCCCAUCAAGUGGACCGCACCGGAGGCACUCAACUUCGGCAAGUAUACAUCGCUGUGCGACGUGUGGUCAUACGGCAUCCUGGUGUGGGAAAUCUUCAGCCGAGGAGAUACCCCCUACUCGGGACUCAGCAACUCGCGGGCCCGCGAGCGUAUCGACGAGGGCUACCGCAUGCCGGCGCCGGAAAACACCCCACCGGAGAUGUACCGGCUGAUGCUGAAAUGUUGGUCCUACGAGUCGGAGAAUCGACCCCACUUCGAUGAGAUCUACACCGUGGUGGAUGCGCUGAUGCUGUGUGCGAAGGACUAGCGAAAAACCCAGCGGCCGUGCUCGGGUCGUUUGAAGAAGCAACAGUGUCUUUCCUGUAAGCAGGUGGCGCCCCUCGGUGGCAGGAAACGUCGACGCCACAAAACACCGCCGACUGGAGGCGGAGGAGGCACGGCGUACCUCUGCUCUUCGGUGGUGAUGUUUGCCGCUAAAGCUUGAUUCACGCUUUACGCCUGGAUUUGUGUUUUUAUUUUCCUCUUCAAAUUCUAAAUCAUUUCUUAUCGAUUGUCGAUUCGCAUAGUUUAAUGCUCGUUGAUUUAAUUUAUUUGAUAAGUUUUGUGUACGACGGUUAUUCAAUUGAACGUUAGAGAUUUUAGUUGCGAUAACUUUACAACGAAUAUUUGAUGAGCAAGUGUGUAACAGCGGAGCGCGCUUGGUUGAAACGAGAUUCGAGAUUGAUAGCUUGUUAUUAGAAAGAGAUUAGAUUUAUUUGUGAGCAGACGACGAUAGAAGACGAAGGCAGUGUUUUUGUGAUGUCAGAAGAUUUUAUCACUAAGUUAACGCGUUAGUUAAGGUAGAUUAUUAAAUUUUUCGACCGAACGACAGCUCAAAAAAAUUAUCACGCGCUUAAGCUAGGCCAGCGUUAGGAUUCCAGCGCUAAGAAAAGAAAUCCGUACAGAAUAGUUAUCAAGAAGACGCACACAUACAUCCACUUUUUAUACGCAGCUUAUAUUGUCCACUACUGUAAUGUCGUAAGGUUUCCUCGAUAGCGGCCCAUAUGGAAUUGUCGCAAACAUCGAUAGUAUAUUUAAUCCUCAAGCCAGAACACAUUGAACGGCUCUAUCGAACUCCCCUGUCUCGCGCACAUAGUUUAUUGUGGAAACAGGGGAAACACCAAACAAUAUGCCACAGCAAACGUGGAGAGCACAUGGAAUUUGCUCUUACUGAAAAUCAAAAUAAUUGUAAUGUUAUUUACAUGCAUUAUUAUUAAAAGUAACAGUGAAUAUUUUAUAUAA